CCAGGCCGGGCCGCUCCGGGGCGGGCGCUCGGCAAGGAGCACAGCACUUGCCCCGAAGGUGUGCGAAGCGCCGGCCAUGAGGACUCUGUGGAUGGCGCUGUGCGCGCUGGCGCGGCUCUGGCCCGGGGCUCUGGGCGGCUGUGCUGACGCGGGGCGCUGCUGCCCCGGCCGGGACCCCGCCUGCUUCGCCAGCGGCUGGAGGCUGGACAGGGUCUAUGGGACCUGUUUCUGCGACCAAGCCUGCCGCCUCACCGGAGACUGCUGCUUCGACUACGCCAGGGCGUGCCCAGCUCGCCCGUGCAUCGUUGGGGAGUGGAGCCCCUGGAGCGGAUGUGCGGACCAGUGCAAGCCGACGGCGCGGGUGCGGAGGCGCGCGGUGCGCCAGGAGCCCCAGAACGGCGGUGCGCCCUGCCCGGCCUUGGAGGAGAGAGCCGGCUGCCUGGAGUAUGCGACAGCCCAGGGCCAGGACUGCGGGCACGCCUUUGUCCCUGCCUUUAUAACCACCUCUGCGUUCAACAAGGAGCGAACCAGACGAGCGGCCUCCCCACGGUGGUCUGCAGACACAGAGGAUGCCGGAUACUGUAUGGAGUUCAAGACAGAGUCCUUGACGCAUCACUGCGCCCUGGAAAACCGCCCCCUGACACGGUGGAUGCAGUACCUCCGAGAGGGCUACACGGUGUGUGUGGGCUGUCAGCCUCCAGCCAUGAACGCUGUGAGCCUCCGUUGCUCUGGAGACGGCCUGGACUCUGACGGAAACCAGACUCUCCACUGGCAGGCAAUUGGCAACCCUCGGUGUCAGGGAACUUGGAAAAAAGUGCGGCGAGUGGAACAGUGCUCCUGUCCAGCUGUUCACAGCUUUAUUUUUAUAUAGAUUAUAAGUAUUUCAAAAUGUGUUUGUAAACAUGCUAAAGAGUAGCAAGUCAUGUCCAACACUGCAUAAUCCUUUCAAAACUCUGGCCAAAUUCCCUGAAUAUAUGUCAUUGCCACACUCUGAAGUAGAGAAAGGACACUUAGAGGCCAGUUCUCAAGAAACCUCGUGCCUUCCUUUCUAUUUUUACUAAGUUGAGGACCCACACCAAAAGUCUUCUCUGGUUUUAUGUCCUUGGAUUUGUCACCUAGUCUUCUCAUUCGACAGGUGGCCCAGACACAGAGUACAUCUGUCUGAGCUAAAAUUACUACAUUUUAGUGGUCUAUGUGCUGGUAAAUUGUUACUUUAAGGGUGUCCACACUUUGCAUCUCGCAUACUUUCUUUCUAUUCCAUAAUCUCCUCAAAAUUUCUUGCUUUAAAAAACGUCUACAGAUAUAGGUACAUUCGUCUUCAUUCGUUUCCCAUUUAUUAUUCCCUAAAUUCUGAAAUAAUAACUUCGAGCAAAUUGUCGCAAGUAGUUUUCAACAGGAUAAGCUGUCUGAGCUUUAGUAAGAAUUUUGUGAUGCGAAACCAACAGCUCUGCUAAAAAUGUUUUUUACGAAAUAGAAGAAAUUUUCUUUGGUCCAUUGAAAAGAAUCAAUCCAAUGUUCAUUGUAGGUCAGUACAAGUUCCUUUCUUUUUUUUUUUUCCUUUUUUCGGCUGCCCCUGAAACAUGUGGAAAUUUCCGGGCCAGGGAUCAAAUCCAAGCCAGAGCUUUGACCUAUGCCACAGUUGCAGCAACGCUGGAUCCUUAACCCACUGUGCCACAGCGGGAACUCCACAAGUUCCUUUAAAUGUUAUAAUUUCCAUGAAGUGAAAUUUUGGCACCAGUGAAUGAAAUCGCUUAAUUAUCAGCAUUCUACUAUCAUAAGUGUCUAAAAUUGUUUCCAAGGCGUAAAGCCUGAAGUUGACUAAAAUAAUCUUGGGGUCCAACCCCAAGUUUAAUUGAAGUAAGUGUACUACGUUUUAUUUCCCAUAGCACACGUUUUCUUUUGUUUGGAGUAGAAGGCAGAGGUGUAGAUUAUCUAAAGCGUAGAUUUUUUAUGAGUGUUAGGAUUCCUGCCGACGACCCACCACAUACACACACAGAGAAGUAUUAGUCUCUUUACUUUAUAAUUGGAAUAUCAAUGAAUGAGAAACAAGUGCCUUAUUGAAGGAUCUGGGCUGACAGUUGGAGCCAAAUCUUAGCUUCUCAUCCAGGAUUUAGCUUCAACACAGGGCCUGACGAUGCCAAAGAUUCUGCUGUAAAAGUGAAGCCCCUUUCAGUUCUGAGACAAAUUUUAAAUUCAGGAUAUUUUUCUGGAGAACUGAGUCUUGAGA